UGCGUACUAGAAUGGGGGAGUGAACCGCAAGUUGACCAGGAAAGUUUUUCAACACGUCACUUUUCAUGCCACGUCGAUGCGGGCAAGAGAUGGAGACUUCUUCCUCCUCUGAAGGUUGAUGUUAUAGAUUAGGAUAGACAGCUGCAAUUCGAUCCACCUCAGCGACAAUAAAAUAUUACAAAACGAAGAUGGCCAUAGAAGGGAAUUCUACUUCAUGCUAAUCCCAGUCAACACGACAGUCGAAAAUCUUCUAUCAACAAAACAUGACAGUGCAUUGCUCCUGUCCUGUUACUCAUCGUGCACCAGCCUUUGAGAAAGAGAUCAUUCCAAGCUUGCUUCUCGUCCUGACGUGUGCUGGGUCAUUCAACAUCUUCAAUGCAGGCCUUGAUAUUCCUCGCUUUUUGGUAUCUGUCAAUAUUGAGAAUGUCCAGUGGAUAUAUCAAAUGCUCACCACAUGUGGAACAACGGAACAUUCGUCCUGAAACAGCAGGAGAUUCUCAAGUUUGAUAUACCUCAGUAGCAUGGACUCACUGACUGUGAAACCGGGAUGAAAGUCAUGGCUUGUCUAUCACUUGGGUGUCGUCAUCAUUGCUUUCAUUACCGCAAAGAGAACUUUCAUAUCCUCCCCUUUGCAGUGCGGCCUUUGUGCUACGUAUAUGCCUGUACUUUGUGUCUUCCAGAAUAUUCUUUUACUCAAGAUGAUGAGAGGAAGAAUACGACUGCGCUAUGGCAAGCUUCCUACAGCGUUUGACUAUACCCUUCCUGCCUGACUGCUGGUGUGUGCAAUCUGGGUUGAGAAAUUCAACAACUGCCUGUACCGUGGGCAUUAUGGUGCUCUUCGAGUCACAUUUUCUAUCGGGCUGCUCUGUUUGGCUGGACAUACUGAUUUCAGCAAUGGAGUUUUCACUGCGAGAAUUGCGAGUGCGGAACCGGGAGUAACAGUUAAAAUAGUUGAAGUUGUG